AUCUUGGAGUUCCUUCCGGGACAGAGGGCGGGAAAGAUGGCGGCGCCCAUGGAACUGUACUGCUGGGCUGGGGGCUGGGGCUUGCCAUCCGUGGACCUGGAGAGCCUCGUGGUGCUGACCUAUGCCAGAUUCACUGGGGCCCCUCUCAAAGUACACAAGAUCACCAACCCCUGGAGGAGCCCUUCAGGAACCUUGCCUGCCCUCCGGACUAGUGAUGCUGGGGUCAUCUCACAGCUACACCAGAUCAUCACUCAUCUAAGAAAACAGAAAUACAACGCAGACUAUGAUCUUUCAGCCCGGCAGGGGGCAGAUACCUUGGCCUUCAUGUCACUGCUAGAGGAGAAGCUGCUGCCUGUGUUGAUCCACACUUUCUGGGUUGAUGCCAAGAACUAUGUGGAGCUGACUCGAAAGUGGUACGCUGAAGCCAUGCCCUUCCCUCUCAACCUGUUCUUACCAGGCCGAAUGCAGAAGAAAUACCUGGAGCGGCUCCAGCUCUUAUGUGGGGAACAGAGGCCCAUGGAGGAGGAGGAAGUAGAGAAGAAGCUGUAUCGAGAGGCCCGGGAGUGCCUGACCCUGCUUUCUCAGCGCCUGGGCUCCCAGAAGUUCUUCUUUGGAGACUCUCCCGCCUCCCUGGAUGCCUUUGUCUUCAGCUAUGUGGCCCUGCUGCUUCAGGCUAAGCUGCCUAAUGGAAAACUACAGACCCAUGUUCGAGGGCUGAGCAACUUGUGUACUUACUGCACCCACAUCCUCAGUCUGUACUUCCCUUGGGAUGGAGCUGAAGCUCCACCCCCACGCCCAGCACCUUCAACUUCAGAGACUGAUGAAGAACCAUACCGGCGAAGAGAGCAAAUUCUGUCAGUGUUGGCCGGCCUGGCAGCCAUGGUGGGCUACGCCCUGCUUAGUGGCAUUGUCUCUAUACAGCGGGCAGCUCCUGUUCGAACAUCAGGCACCCGGGCCUUGGGUAUUGCUGAGGAAGAGGAGGAUGAAUGACAUCCUGAUGUUCCCUGGACUGACUUUUCUACUGCUGUGCAUUCCAAAUGGCCCCUGUCUGUCUCCAUUUGGGGCACUUCCAGAGAUGGGGUGGUCCUCUCCACCGCCUGGAAUAAAUUCGCUCACAGUG